UUGCCCAAAUGGCACGAGUUGUAUUACAAACGAUCAGAACGAACUCUAUAUUGUUGCGGAAAACCUGACAGAAGUACCUUCAGAUCUACCUCACAAUACCAUAGGGAUAAAUCUUACAAAUGGUGAAAUCAAUGACAUCGAUGAAAAAACCUUUCUUGGUCUUAGAUCUCUCAAGACUUUGGUGCUUAGAGAUAACAAGUUGACAAUUGUGAGGGCGUCCUGGUUUAAAAAUUUAAUGUCACUUGAAAAAUUAGAUCUCUAUAGAAACAAAAUACGCGAAAUAGAGCCUGACUCUUUCAGGAAUUUAGGAGAACUAUAUGAACUCAACAUACAGCGGAACAAGAUUCGAACUCUACCUGAGAAAUUGUUCGACCCGCUUAAUUCACUUCAACUGUUGAAGGUAGACGAUUUUACACACUGUUGUGCAGCGCAAGCAACGAAGGCUGGAGUUGAAUGCGAUAUUCGUCAUGGAGAUGGUUUAUCCGACUGUAACGGGUUGCUGAAGUAUACAGUUCUUAAAUACGCUAUUUGGGUCCUUGGCAUUCUCGCACUUUUUGGAAACUUGGCUGUUAUUUUAUGGAGGGUGUUCACAAAAGAUCUGAACCAAGUGAAUUCAUUCCUUUUGACAAACCUCGCUGUGGCCGAUUUGCUUAUGGGUGUUUACCUGCUAAUAUUAGCCGUAAAAGACACGACCUGGGAGGGAGUUUAUUACAAACACUACUUUCUUUGGCGUGAUAGUGGUCUUUGCAUUGUAGCUGGAGUGAUAGCGACAAUCUCCAACGAGGUCUCAGUUUUUACAUUGCUCGUGACGACCUUCGAUCGACUGAUUUGCAUCGUCUUCCCAUUCCGGUUCCAAAGACUGUCAAUAAAGAAAGUGGCACUUAUCAUGGCGGUCGUUUGGUCGAUCGGUAUCCUCCUUGCCCUCGCACCGUUGUUUGACGACGCCUACUUUUUCGAUGAGGACGGCAAAGUCAACCUCUUCGGCCAAACCUCCGUCUGUUUGCCAUUCAUGCUCUCCAGGGAGAGAUCAGCCGGUUGGGAAUAUUCCGUGUUUGUUUUCGUCGCUCUCAACGGGUUUGCAUUUCUCUGCAUCGCUGUUGCCUACGCCGUGAUCUAUCGUGCAGCGACGAAAGCGGGAAAUACCGUGAGAUCGACGAGAACAAAACAAGAUGCCACGAUUGCCAAGAGAAUGAUGUUUAUCAUAUUGGCCGAUUUCUUCUGCUGGUUUCCAGUGAUCGUGUUAAGUGUCAUGGCGCUUACGGGAAGUCUUUACGACCCAAGACAGGAGGUAUACGCCUGGACGGCCGUGUUUGUUAUGCCAAUCAACAGUUCCGUCAAUCCAUAUAUCUACACGUUUUCUUCGAAAUUUGUACGAGACAAAAUAUUUGGCACGGCGAGUGCUCAAAAUGUGCAUCAGCAACCAAGGGAAAGAAUAAGAAAAUCAGGUCGUGCUGACGGCAAACCAAAAUUUUCUGGCAGUUACAAGACGACCGGAGUUGUCAUGACUUCGACUGCAGGACCUCGUUCUAGCUCAUCAACUGCAGGAGGUGCAUUGGAAACCGUUAACGAAGGGUUUACAUCGGAUAAUAAUAGCUUGUAAACUGAAACAAGCCUGGAGCUAAUACAGCAUACUUAACUGAUUUCAAGUUUAUAAUAAUAAUCAUGCAUGAGUGCACUAGCUAAACUCACAUGUUUUAAAAAAUUUCUGUUUCUAUGGAUGCCAAAAAGUUUGGAAAGGGAAUCUACAAAAUUACGAAGAGACUAAACAAUAGUGAAUAUGUUUUUUAUUUCUCGAUUUUUUCCGCUUAUCACACACAACUAGAGCAUUGCAAUUGGCCUAAUAUAAAAAACAAUUGUAACCGAUACUCAGAAUAACCUUAUAUGUUAGAAUAUAUCAACGUGGCAUCUACUACAACGGUUUCGAAGUAGGAACGACAUAAUUUGAGGGAAUGAUUGCGAAAUAUUGUUCUAUAAUCUAAAUUGAUAAACGGACUGCGACGAAGCAUGUUACGCAUCAACUGUCAGAUAGAUCAGACAGAUAUUAGUGCUGUAAAACAAUAACUGUUAUUCACUUAAAUCCAUAUU